AUGCGACUACCGAUGUGUGGUGUGGUUUUGGGCGUGCUGGCUGUGAUCGGGAUCGUACUCGGUGGAAAAACGAGCUCCAGCUCCAAGUGCCAGGAAAAGUCGCUUACAACCGCCAGCGGUGGUAAGGCACCGGCCGGACCCUUUUGUCCGGGUGAUCUCAUCUUCGAGGACACGUUCGAUGGGUUCGAUCUGGACACGUGGCAGCACGAGAACACGCUUGCCGGGAACACGGACUCGGAGUUCCAGUGGUUCACGAACAACCGCUCGAAUUCGUUCGUCCGUGAGGGAAAUCUCUUCAUCCGCCCAACACUGACAGUGGACGAGUACGGUGAAGCGUUCCUUCGCUCAGGUGUCCUAAACAUUCACGGUUCGUCCCCAGCGGAACAGUGUACCAAACACGCGCCGGAUGGUUGCGUACGAACGGGAACCCACGGGCAGGUGUUGAACCCGGUGAAAAGUGCCAGCAUCCGGACGGUGGAUUCGUUCGCGUUCAAGUACGGUAAGGUGGAGGUAAGCGCAAAACUACCAGCCGGAGAUUGGCUGUGGCCCGCGAUUUGGUUCCUGCCGAAGGUGAACGCGUACGGGCGGUGGCCGGCAUCCGGUGAGAUCGAUCUGCUCGAAUCCAAGGGCAACCGGGAGCUGAUCAAGAACGGUAUCAACGUCGGUAUCGAGCAGGUCUCGUCGACGUUAAAGUUCGGUCCGGAUGUGGCUCACGGGUCCGGGUACGGGGCGCUUGGGACGUCCUUUACGCGCAACUCGGAAUCGGGUAAGGGCUACCAUACCGGGUUCCACCGGUAUCAGAUGGAGUGGACGCCCGAUCACGUCACGUUCAGCAUCAACGACAUCGAGACGGGCACGGUGAAGGUCGGCACCGGGUUCUGGCAGAAGGGUAACUUCAACAUCAGCACACCCGGGCUGGACAACCCGUGGCGGUAUGGGAGCAUCAUGGCACCGUUUGAUCAGGAGUUUUACUUCAAGAUCUCGAUCGCCGUCGGUGGAUCGGAUUACUUCUCCGAUGACGAUAUCAACCCGACGCGCAAACCGUGGCAGAAUGGGUGGCCGCAUGCGAUGACCGAUUUCUGGAAUGGCAAGAACGAUUGGCUACCGACGUGGAAGCUGGACGAUGGUGAGUCGAAGGACGCAUCCCUGCAGGUGGAUUACGUGCGCGUGUGGUCGUUUGAUAGAGUGUACGCGUGUGUGUGUGUGUGUAGAUUAGAAGUCAUGUCGCGGUACGUCACUGUGCGGUUGGUGAUCGCGUCGUUGCUACUAGCAACCAGUAGCUGGGUUUUGGAGGCUUAUACGACUGAGACUACUACGACCGAAGCUGGUACGUCUGAGUGUGUCCGAUCCGUCACCACGGCGAGUGGUGCUUUGAUCGAUCGUGGACGCACCUUCUGCAGUGGGGAGCUCAUAUUCGAGGACAACUUUGACUUUUUCGACUUCGAGAAGUGGGAACACGAAAACACACUGGCCGGUGGUGGUAACUGGGAGUUCCAGUGGUACACCAACAAUCGAUCGAACUCGUUCGUGGAGAACGGCGAGCUGAACAUCCGACCGACGCUAACUUCGGACCAGUUUGGUGAAGCUUACCUGACGUCCGGCACGCUAAGUUUGCAGGGCAACUAUCCGGACCACUGUACGAAUGAUGCGUUCUACGGGUGCGUCCGGGUCGGUAAUCAGCAGCAUAUCGUGAACCCGGUGAAGAGUGCUCGCAUCCGGACGAUCGGUUCAUUUAACUUCAAGUACGGUCGGGCGAAAGUUCGCGCUAAAAUACCCACAGGCGAUUGGUUGUGGCCUGCGAUUUGGUUGCUGCCGAAGCGCAACGUCUACGGAAGCUGGCCAGUUUCGGGCGAGAUGGAUCUGAUGGAAUCGCGCGGCAAUGAAGCGCUGGUGCAGGAUGGCGUGCAGAUCGGAACGGCCCAGGUCGGGCAGACGUUGCACUUUGGGCCGAGUCCGUCGUACAACGGCUACCCGACGGCAACUCUGACGAAGAACGCCCUGCCCGGGCAGGAGUACAACAAGCAGUUUAGCACGUUCGGGUUCGUGUGGACACCGGACAACAUCACGGUGAGCAUCAACGGUGAGGCGUUGGCCACCAUCGGCGGGGACUUCUGGAAGCGGGGUGACUUCGCGAAGCACAACCUCGAGAAUCCGUGGCGCUAUGGGACGCACAUGGCUCCGUUCGAUCAGGAGUUCCAUUUUGUCAUCAACCUGGCGGUCGGUGGCGUGGCGUACUUCCCGGAUACGGCCACCAACCCGGGUGGGAAACCGUGGAAGAACAACUCCCCGCAGGCGGCCACGGACUUCUGGAACGGACGCGACCAGUGGCUGCCGACGUGGAACCUCGCCAAGGACGGUGGAAAGUCCGCCUCGCUGCUGGUGGACUACGUGAAAGUUUGGGCGCUCUAGUUCGAUGCCGGCU